AGGGGUGGCCUAGAGCGCAGGGGAAGGAUUCCUCCCCAGCCGCCUGCACCCCUACCCCGGUAGCGGUCCCUGGGAUCGUCCGUGUCUCCAGGAGAACCGGACCGCUCUCCCCUCCCUCCCCGAGCGAGAAAGGAGGACCACAGAGAUGCGGCGCCCUCCGCCGUCCUAGAGCAACCGGAGCGGCCCGAGCCGAGGCCUCCCGGAUGCUGGGGCCUGGCGGGCGUGGAGCACGGGGAGUCGGGCGUGGGGCGGGCAGGGAGUGGAGUCGGGGUCUUACUCCGGUGGCUGCAGGGCGCAGGGUAGCCGUGUCAGGCCUGCCCAGGUGCAGAGCGCUCCUCGGCGACCCCAACAGCCUCUGGUCCGGUCUGGCGCGCGCUCGCUUUCCCAGAGGGCGACCUGGGCUAUGGCGGCCGUGGCGCUGGCGAGCGGGACACGCCUCGGCCUUGUCCUCGAGCUGCUCCCGGGACAGCCCGCGCUGCCCCGGGCGCGCCGGGUGAGUGCGGGGCCGGAGCCUGGAAGCAGUCUUGGCCCUGCCCUGGGUUCUAGGCCCGGAGACGGGGUGGUGCGGCGGCUGGGAAAUGGGGGUACAACCCAGAGUGAGGGGCCUCGAGGGACAGGCAGCACAGCGGAGUCGACACCUCCGGACCUGAGCCUCAAGGAGAGCAGACGUGCAGCGGCACGGGGUUGAGCCGACUGCUGGGGCAGAGCGCACAGAGUGCUGUGGGGGGCGAUGAAUGGCCAGAAUUUCAGAGCCGCCUUUACAGAGCUGGUUAUGUUUGAGCUGGGUAUUAGGUUGAAAAGGAAUUUGCAGUGCAGGAGCAGGAGGGAAGAACUGGAUAUUCAGGCAAGAGUAGCCGCAGGUGCAAGGACACAGAACAGGGUGAGGAAAGAGUUUGGUUUCCCAAUGGAAUGGUGAGAGGAUCGGAGAUGAGAGUGGUGGUGGCUGAUGAUCCUGGCCAGGAAAGCUGGGUCUGUGAGUAAUGAAUGGAAUUGUCUGUAGCGCAGAGGAAUGUGGACUCUAUUAGGCAGACAAAGUUGAGCCAGCCAAAGCCUUGGAGCCCUGGAGUGCUGGAUAAAUAGCUGUGGAGACUUUCUAGUGCGCAAGGACUGAAGUGCAGUGGACCAGAAUGGGCUCCUCCACAGUGUGGAGACUGAGACCCUGAAGGAGGCAGUGGCUGAGAAUUACAGGAAGUCCCAAUGGCUGGAGGUCAGCAGUAUUUGUUUCUUAAGAGGAUGAGAGAAAGAAGGUGCAGGAGCUGAGACUCCUAGAGAUAUAGAAAAUGGGGACAUGGAGAUUGGGACGUGGGGAAGCAAGUGAGGUGGGAUCUUUGUGAGAGUGUGUUGCGGGUGGUGGGGGUGCAGGGAGUAAAGUCACAACGAGGAUCUGCCCUGUUGAGUACAGUGUUCAGAGCAACCUGAAUGUUCUGAGGAGCCCUAGCUGCCUCUGUGGCUGGUGGCAGUGACUGGGGAGGACAAAGGAGGAAGAGUCCUAUACAGGGGCAGCAGGGAUGGCAGGAAUGGGGACAGAAGGCAGUGUGGCAUAACAGGCAAGAGCCAGAGUCAAACGGGCCUGGGUUCUGUCUCAGUUCUGGAACUUUGGGGGAAGUUAAUCCCUCCGAGUCUCAGUUUCCUCUUCUAAAAAAUGGAUCUGAUAGUAGGCUAUGAGACAUAGCAAAGAAUAUAUGUCAAGUGCUUGGCACAGGCUUAAUAAAUGAUAGUUGUUAUCAAGGGUGGGUGACCUCUGAAGGAGGACAUUGUGGAGAGAGGAUGGGACCUAGAGCACAGAUGUGGUUUGGGGUAUAAGGAUGAAACAAGAAAACUUUUGCACUCAUGAAAAAGAGGAGAAAAUGUUUGCUGAAAUAAAGAUGAAGAGACAUGAGAAAAUUGAUGGCUGAUGCCUUGUCUCUUUGUAUGUAGGAGGCAAAAAUCUUCUGCUGAUAGAGUUCCUGUAGACAUUCAGAAUCCAGAAUCCCCACAGGCACCCCCACAGUACCUUUUGGUGCCCUGUCUCCCCUUCCUCUUGGCCUGGUCCUGGGGUUGUCCUAGGGCAUUUAAACACGUGUUGUUUCAGGAGUCAGUGACCUUCGAGGAUGUGGCCGUCUACUUCUCUGAGAACGAAUGGAUCGGCCUGGGCCCUGCUCAGAGAGCCCUGUACAGGGAUGUGAUGCUGGAGAAUUAUGGGGCUGUGGCUUCCCUGGCAGCAUUUCCAUUUCCCAAACCGGCUCUGAUUUCCCAGCUGGAGCGAGGGGAAACACCCUGGUGCUCGGUUCCUCGGGGAGCUCUGGAUGGAGAGGCCCCAAGGGGCAUCUCCUCAGGAUAUCCAUUUCUAAAGCCUGCUGGGAUUUCCCAUCCUGAGCAGGUGGAAGAGCCAUUAAACCUAAAACUGCAAGGAGAGGGCCCAAGCCUGAUUUGUCCUGAGGGUGUGUUGAAGAGGAAGAAAGAAGAUUUUAUUCUGAAGGAGGAAAUUAUUGAGGAAGCACAGGACCUCAUGGUUCUAUCAAGUGGACCCCGGUGGUGUGGAUCCCAGGAAUUAUGGUUUGGGAAAACCUGUGAAGAGAAAAGCAGGUUAGGGAGAUGGCCUGGUUACCUCAAUGGGGGACGUAUGGAAAGUUCUACAAAUGAUAUUAUAGAAGUGAUUGUCAAGGAUGAGAUGAUCUCAGUAGAAGAGAGUUCAGGGAAUACUGAUGUCAAUAACCUCCUUGGUAUACAUCACAAAAUUCUAAAUGAGCAAAUAUUCUAUAUAUGUGAGGAAUGCGGCAAGUGUUUUGAUCAAAAUGAGGACUUUGAUCAACACCAGAAAACUCAUAAUGGAGAGAAGGUCUAUGGAUGUAAGGAAUGUGGGAAAGCUUUCAGUUUUCGAUCACAUUGCAUCACACAUCAGAGAAUUCACAGUGGUGUGAAACCCUAUGAAUGUCAAGAAUGUGCUAAGGCCUUUGUUUGGAAGUCAAACCUGAUUCGUCACCAGAGAAUACAUACUGGAGAGAAACCCUUUGAAUGUAAGGAAUGUGGGAAGGGCUUUAGUCAGAACACAAGCCUUACGCAACAUCAACGGAUCCACACUGGUGAGAAACCAUACACAUGUAAGGAAUGUGGGAAAAGUUUUACUCGAAACCCAGCCCUUCUUCGACAUCAGAGAAUGCACACUGGGGAGAAGCCUUACGAAUGUAAGGACUGUGGGAAGGGCUUCAUGUGGAACUCAGAUCUUUCUCAGCACCAGAGGGUCCACACUGGGGACAAGCCUCAUGAAUGUACUGACUGUGGGAAAAGCUUCUUUUGCAAGGCACAUCUUAUUCGACAUCAAAGAAUCCAUACUGGGGAAAGACCCUAUAAAUGUAAUGACUGUGGGAAGGCCUUCAGUCAGAAUUCUGUCUUAAUUAAGCACCAGAGGCGCCAUGCUAGAGACAAACCCUAUAACUGUCAGAUCUCUCACCUUCUUGAACAUUAGAGAGUGCAUAAUGGUGAUACCUGUUUAUAAUUCUUAUGCUGCAGGAACCCUAGAGACAAAAUGAGAUGACCAUUCACAAUUUGCUGUAACCCUUAACUUAAAUAGCCAGUAUUAUCUUGCCCUUUUGAACAUUUACCAUGUACUCUAGCAAGACUGGUCCCUCUGUUCUAUGAUGUUUUAACAAGGCAUCAUUUAGUUGGGCAGCUACUCUGUAUCAGGUGCUAACCACUUUACAUACAUUAAUUUGCAUAACAAUCCUAUUAAGGUAGGUGCUCUUCUCCCCGUUUUACAAAUGAGAAAUCUGAGUUGAAAGAGGUUAUAAAACUCAUUCAGGGUUGCUCAGUUAGUAAGUUAUAGAGUUGAAAUUGGAGCCAGGCCUAUCUGACUGCAGAGUUUACUGUUCUUUACUUAAUUGUACAUAUUUAUGUCUCUGCCCAUUUUUAUUUGCUUAUUUUCCUGUGCUUUUAGUUUCCCUUCAUCACUCAGAUCUAGCUCCUUCAACUAAGAUCUCUCUUCCUCUUCUACUUGUAAUCAGUACCACCCAAGUUAGUAUUUAAUUAUGUGCCAUCUUAUAUUUUUCUAAUAGUCUCAUAUCUUUUAGUCUUAACCCCAGCUAAAUGACUCUAAGGACCAACAGUACAUUUCUUUUAUGUUUUUCAAAUCCUGAAACAUUAAUCUUUGACUAGAUAUAACAUGCUCGUGAUAAAAAAGAAUUGAAAUAGUUGAAAAGGAUGUUCAGUGAAAAGUAAAUUUCCUUGUCAUUCCUAUCUCUUGAGUUCUCCCCAGAGGCAAUCACUGCUACUGGUUGUGUAUCUCUGUAGAUACUCUUUGUAUACAAGUGUUUAUUAGUAUUGCUUUUCAUAACUCUGUCUCACUGAAAACCUUAUUUGAUGGAAGCAACAUUGCAGUUAAAUUGUGAACUCUAAGACCUUUUCUUCAGAAGUUGCUUUCCUUUUGAGGCCACCAAAGUAAUUUAGGGAAACAGCAGAGGGUAAUCCAGGUCUUUUUUUUUUUUUUUUUUUUUUUUUAGACAGAGUCUCACUCUUGCCCUGGCUGGAGUGCAGUGGUGCUAUCUCAGCUCACUGCAAGCUCCACCUCCUGGGUUCAUGCCAUUCUUCUGCCUCAGCCUCCCAAGUAGCUGGGACUACAGGUGCCCACUACCAUGCCUGGCUAAUAUUUUGUAUUUUUAGUAGAGACGGGGUUUCACCGUGUUAGCCAGGAUGGUCUCGAUCUCCUGACCUUGUGAUCCACCUGUCUCGGCCUCCCAAAGUGCUGGGAUUACAGGCCUCAGCUACCACGCCUGGCCAAUCCAGGUCUUAAGAGACCUCAUUGCCUUUGUUUUAUGAGAUAUCAUUCUGGGAUUGGGAAUAGGUAAACUCAACUGGAGAUUUUUUUCAUAAAAAUUUAUAUAGUUCCAGCCCUCUCAUUGCUUCCUAUCCUAAAUCCUCUCCCAGUCUGUCCAUCCCUCACUACCAUGAUAGUCUACAUUCUGAUAAGCUGUGAGGCCACUGCCAAGGGAGGGAGAAAUGGUCACUUUCUGGUGGUGGUUAAUGCUUUGUUAGAUAGCUUCAUCCAGUCAAUAGUUGAAAAGUUUUCACAUAAUCCAGUAUUGGCAUCAGAGCCAGCAAUGCCCUCCCUAGGUCCAGGACCAAAGAUAAAACAAACACAAGGAACAUGUAGCGUCUACACAGGAAAGUAAAGAAUUAUAGAAUUAACUAAUUCUACUUGAAAUCAGGAGUUUAUAAAACAACAUUUUUAGACGUGGUCAUCUUUUAUUGGUUUCCAUCAUCUCUUCCCCUUCUCUCUGGGAACAGUUACCCGGGUAUUCUUUGGGAAGCUAUCCUUUCUCAGCUAUGUGGUUUGGCACCACCACCAUCUUCAUGAGUGGACCCUGUUUGGCUUGUGUCAAUCAGUUUAUCCCAUCCCCUUGGCCACAGAGCCAUUGUGAUAUGAGGAGAUACUGGCUCUUCUGGAAAAGAGAGGCUUUUCUUCAUCGAGAGCUACCAGAGGAGAUAUUAUCUGUCCUCUGUGUGGCACAUAGGAAAAUGUGAGACCUAGAAUUAUAGCAACUUUUUUUUUCUGUUAAAAGGGGAGAUUCUCAAGCUUCCAGGUGCUACCAUAUGGAGCCUAAGGAUAAAGCCAAUACCAAAGAAAACAGUGACUAAACAGAGAGAAACUAGGUCCUUGGUGACAUCUUUUGAGCCACUAGACCAAGCUUUACCUGAAGCAGACUACCUCAGAACUUUUCAGCUAUGUGAGCCAAUAAACAUCUGUCAAACGA